AAGGGUGGCGUCGCGAUGCCCUGAUCGGCAUAUCUCGUGUAGACAGCAAACUCGCGGCGCUCGGCAUCGUACACUCAACCUCGAACACCUUACCUACGAUUGUGAACCACGUGAAACGGAAACGGAGCUACAGUUUCGACUCCCAAGGGAACAUCCACCUCGAUACAUCGUCUACUUCGCUUCUAUAGCAACAGGACAGAGUUAAACGGAAAGAGAACUUUACAAUGAAGAUUAGGACAGGUUUGUUAACGACGAGCGUAGCUUUUCUUUAUUUGAUCGGGAUCGUGGAAAGACCAGUUUUGGCGAUGGAGGAAGCACCGCCUUAUUCCACGAACCUUCAUGAUUAUAAUACUAUGUUGAAUUCUAUGGAAUUUGACGACUCCGUGCCUGACAAAAGAGCUUAUACUUACGUUUCCGAAUAUAAGAGGCUACCAGUGUACAACUUUGGUAUUGGAAAACGUUGGAUAGACACAAGCGAUAACAAGAGAGGACGCGACUACUCGUUCGGUCUUGGUAAACGCAGGCAAUACAGUUUCGGUCUAGGGAAACGAAACGAUAACUCGGACUACCCUGUCAGAUUAAACAUGGACUAUCUCCCCGUGGAUAAUCUCGCUUAUCAUUCGCAAGAGAAUUUGGACGAUCUUUUGGAGGCGAAACGUAGCAGACCCUAUAGUUUUGGAUUGGGUAAGAGGGCGACUCAUCCGAACAACGGACAGCCGAUAGGACCGAAGAGACCAAACGAUUUGAUGAGCCAAAGAUAUCACUUUGGCCUUGGCAAGAGGCUGCCCGAAGACGAGGAGAAUUCGUCGCAAUAGGAUUCUUCGCGAAGGAUGUCUUGCUCGACGAUCCAUUUGAAUGGUGUCGCCGACGUUUAUGGCAAUGUAGCUCUAAUUCGAUGUCGCAGAGUUUUAUUGUCAGACGAAGUAUAUCGAUAACGCAACAAUAAAGACGUGUUUGAAAGUU